CCUCACUGCACACCAACCAUGAGCGACCAUAUCUGCCAGAAUUUUUCUGCCAAGGUGAAGGCCGCACUCCAGCACCUGGUCAACCUGCAUCUGCAGGCCUCGUCCACCUACCUCUAUCUGCGCUUUUAUUUUGAAGGUAACGAUGUAGCUCUGAAGGGCAUGGGCCGCUUCUUCCAAGAGUUGGCUGAGGAGAAGCAGGAAGGUGCCCGGUGUUUCUUGAAGAUGCAAAACCAGUGGAGCGACUUCCCCGUCCUCCCGGAUGAGCAGAAGCUGUCCGAAGAUGAGUGGCUUAGCAGCGUGGAUGCGAUGGAAGCUGCGAUGGUCUUGGAGAAGAGCCUGAACCAGGCCCUUCUGGAUCUGCAUGCCCUGGGUGCUGCCAGUGCAGAUCCUCGUCUCUGUGAUUUUCUGGAGAGCCACUUCCUGGAAGAGGAGAUGAAGCUCAUCAAGAGGAUGGGUGACCACCUAACUAACCUCCGCAGGCUGGUCAACCCCCAAGGGGGGCUGAGUGAGUAUCUCUUCGGAAAGCUCACCCUGAAGUCUGAUGAGGAGACUCCUGGGCCCAGCAGUCUUUGAACAACCCAUCUGCCUGCCUUCCCUGGUGUCGAGAUUUCUGCUGGAGCCUCUUUCUCCAGCCAGGAGGCAACUUUUUAACCAUGAUGAAACCCUUGUCCAAGUUGUGAGAUCAAAUAGAAACAAAAAAGGUUCUUUGUGCUGAGGGGGAAAAAAGCUAGG